GUCCGUUCUAAGAAUUUACCAUUCAAAGAUGAAGUGUGCAUUAGUUGCUGUUGUAUUAGUUUGUACCAUCUGCAUUAAUUUCGUCAACGGAGAUGAUUGUUCAGGUUUAAUAAAAAGCUUUUUGAAGAAACAGCUAGAUCUCGCUCAAAGUGGACAGGUAGAGUGUGCCACGAGACUAGCACUCGCUCAGUACCACUGUGGUGGUGAUCCAGAACGAAGAAAAACCACAUUUCCCAAGUUUGUAGAAUUUAUGAAGUCGAAAUCAGACGAAGAAAAGCAAGAAGUUAACGAGUGCUUCAUGCAGCUUGGUAAGAAAGCAAUGGAUGAAAUAAAUAUUCCUGCAAACUGCCAAAUGUCUUUUGAAGCACAGUUGGCCGAAAUGAAGAAGGAAAUGCAAAAACACCUGUCCAAAUAGUUCUAUAUGUUAUCUAAAAUGAAAAUUUACUAACAUAACAUGAAUUAAAGUAAUUACCAUACA